CGCGGUCGCUAACAAUUAUCAAUUAGCUGCGCUUUUCGGACAGUUUUUCAUUUCGGCCGCGUAGAUAAAACUAUCGAGAUAAGAAGACGACAGUCGUCGAAUUUCCACACGACACACGCAUGUGACGCGACACGGUGCGAAGAUGCGACGGUCGAGACAUUUUCCGUACGCGAGUUUUCGCACGACUAUUUCCUCAUUUUCGCGGCUGUGACGACGGGUUUUCGGUCGCGAGCAAACAUGGACGACAUACUUCACGAUCACCGCGAAGUGCGGGAGAGGCUCCUACAAAUGGCCGAAGAAAAGCAACAGUCCCCAUCAGACGAAGAGGAAGAUGACACCGUCUCCGACGCGAUCGGAGAGUUCGGCAAAUGGCAGCUGCUGCUCACUUUCCUCCUCUCGCUAGUUAACAUCCCGUGCACGUGGCACAUCUUCGCGCCCACCUUCCACGGUGCACGAAUGGACACCUGGUGCGCCAGACCCGAGCGCUUCCACAACGUCGCACCCGUCUUGUGGAAAAACUGCACCGAGCAAACCGAAGACGGUUGCUUUUUGUUGGACGUGUUCUCCAAAGACACGUUAAGCGAAAUGGAUUUGUGUCGGGGCAAUACGGGACUGAAAAGUAUAAAGUGUGACGCGUGGGAGUUUGCAGGACCCGGCGAGACCAUAAUAUCCGAGUUUCACUUGGUGUGCGACAGGAAAAAUCUCAUCAACAUCGCGGAAAUGAUGUUUUUGGCGGGUGUCGCUGUGGGCGGCUUGGUUUGUGGCAUCAUCUCCGAUAAGUAUGGACGGAAGAAGACGCUCUUGGCGUCUAUAUUUAUUCAAAGCACUCUAGGAACCGUAAUCGCAUUGGCGCCGUGGUUCGAGCUCUACGUGCUACUGAGAUGUUGCCUGGGCUUCAUAUCGGUAUCGGUAGUGUUUAGCGGAUUCAUUUUGGCCAUCGAACUGGUCGGUGGCCACUGGCGCACCAUCACCGGCAUAUCCUACCUCUUUCCAGUAUCAUUGGGCUACGUGCUCAUAGCUGGACUAGCCUGGUUACUGCCCAACUGGAGACACUUGCAGCUAUCGCUAUCCCUGCCUGGAUUUUUGUUUCUGGGCCUUUGGUUUAUAGUACCAGAAUCGCCGAGGUGGUUGCUGGCUUUGGGAAGAACGAAAGAAGUGUUGCAAAUCAUGGAAACGGCGGCCAGGUUUAACGGAAAAACUCUUCCUAUAAACAGCGGCAAACAACUUCGCCCUCGAACGAUAGGCGACGAAUCCGCCGAAGACGUCCAGGUAUCGGAUCUGUUCAAAACGCCCAGUAUGAGAAAGAAAACUCUGGUGCUUUUUCUCAUAUGGUUUAGCGUCUAUCUGUGCUACUACGGGCUAGUUCUCAACUUGGGCAACAUCUACGGCAACUUGUACGUCAAUUCGGUGUUGGUAGGAAUUUUAGAGGUGCCGGCCAUAGCGAUAAGCAUAGUGAUCUUGCUCAAAGGAGGUAGGAAAUGGCCGAUGGCCAUCACCAUGAUAUUAUCCGGAGUUUUCGCCGCUUUGGCCGUUCCGUGGGCGCUGGUCUCGUCGGAUUUGCAAUGGCUGGCCACGGCGUUCACGAUGGCCAGCAAGUUUUCCAUAAGCUCGUCGAACGCUAUCAUGCCCGUAUACACGGCCGAACUAUAUCCGACCAUCAUCAGAAACAUAGGCGUCGGAGCGGCCAACGUUUCUGCGGGUAUAGCUCUGAUGCUGGUGCCGUACCUCUGGGAACUGAUAUCGAUCCACAGCAGCGUGCCGAUGUUGGUCUUAGCGGUGUUCGGAAUAGUGGGCGGGGCAUCGGUGCUGCUGUUGCCCGAGACCGGUUGCGGCCCAUUGGUCGACACGAUCAAAGGCGGCGAGGAAAUGGAGACCAAGAUAUUUCACGCGACGAACGACGCCAAAAAGACCAACAACAAUUGCUGCGCCUCGUAACCACCUGGUGGGACACGGUGGCAUGGUACUUAAACGACUAGGUCGAAACAGUGCGGGGGCUCCCGGUACUUAUUUAUGAACAAGACAAUGUCGGCUGCCGAUAACACGCAGGCAAAGGUUAUCACGUUGUAUACAUGAAUGAACUGUGACGCAGAUUCGGAAAAAUUUGUAAAUAUUAUAAAUUUAUUGAGCCGAAAAAGCAACGGAAAGCGCGCAUUCUUAAUUAUUGUUAUUCGCUGUAACAGCGAACAGGUGCCAAACUUGUUGGAGACGAUUUUACGCGUUCAGAUUAAUAGAUGUACAUAAUUAUAUAGCAAUUUAUAUCGAAUAAAUAGUAAAUUUGUGAUUUGUUAAACCAAUUUGUAUCAAAUACAAGUAGUGCGAGUUAUUUUUCUAAAUAAAUAU